UGUUUGGCAAGAACCCAAUUUGAGUUCCAAGUCCUUUUAUUUGCUUUGAUCUUUCUCUUUCCUUUGUUUCAUUUUGUUAGUCAACGAGAAUUUAUAUACAGUAGCUCUCUAUAUAUAUAUAUAUGCAUAUAUAGUCUGCUUCCGAUUCUAGGGUUUUCAUAUUUUCUUCUAAAUUUUCAUGGUCAAAGGAGAAAAUCAAAGAACCAAUCGAACCAAGAAGAGAAAGAAAACUUCAUAAUCAAAAUCUCUCUCUCUCUCUCUUAUUCUUAUAUUAUAAGAUCUCGAGUUGAGUCAUCAUCGUCAAUGGCUUUGAAAAGUAGCCGCAACAAUUCUCCGAUUCAAGAACAAGAGAAAGGUUUAAAUUCCAUCAAGGCUCACUAAAGAGUCCAAGAACCACACAGGGGAGAUUCAAUUCAAGAACCGUACGUCUCAUAAAUCAAGAUUUCUCCAACGAAAACCAGAUAAUUCGUCAUGGAUCUAUCCCUAGCGCCGACGACAACAACAAGUUCCGACCAAGAACAAGACAGAGACCAAGAGCUAACCUCCAACAUCGGAGCAAGCAGCAGCUCCGGCACAGGAAACAACAAUAACAACCUUCCGAUGAUGAUGAUUCCACCGGCGGAGAAAGAACACAUGUUCGACAAAGUGGUAACACCAAGCGACGUCGGAAAACUCAACAGACUCGUGAUCCCUAAACAACACGCGGAGCGGUAUUUCCCACUAGACUCGUCAAACAACCAAAACGGCACGCUGUUGAACUUCCAAGACAGAAACGGCAAGAUGUGGAGGUUCCGUUACUCGUAUUGGAACUCUAGCCAGAGCUACGUGAUGACCAAAGGAUGGAGCCGUUUCGUCAAAGAGAAGAAGCUCGACGCAGGAGACAUCGUCUCUUUCCAAAGAGGUAUCGGGGAUGAGUCUGAAAGAUCGAAACUUUACAUAGAUUGGAGGCACAGACCAGACAUGAGCCUCGUCCAGGCACACCAGUUUGGUAAUUUCGGUUUCAAUUUCAACUUCCCGACCACUUCUCAAUAUUCCAACAGAUUUCAACCAUUGCCGGAAUACAACUCCGUCCCGAUUCACCGGAGCUUGAACUUAGCAAACCACCAACGUUCGUAUUAUAACAACAACCAGCGUCAAGAGUUUGUAGGGUAUGGUUAUGGGAAUUUAGCUGGAAGGUGUUACUACACGGGAUCACCGUUGGAUCAGAGGAACAUUGUUGGAUCAGAGCCGUUGGUUAUAGAGUCAGUCCCUGUGGUUCCCGGGAGAUUAACUCCAGUGAUGUUACCGCCGCUUCCUGCGCCUCCUUCUACGGCGGGAAAGAGACUAAGGCUCUUUGGGGUGAAUAUGGAAUGUGGUAAUGACUAUAACCAACAAGAAGACUCUUGGCUGAUGCCACGUAGGGAAAUGGGUGCAUCUUCUUCUUCUUCUUCUUCAGCUCUGCGACUAAAUUUAUCGACUGACCAUGAUGAUGAUGAUGACGAUGAUGGUGGUGAUGAUGAUCAAUUUGCUAAGAAAGGGAAGUCUUCAUUUUCUCUCAAUUUCAAUCCAUAAGAAGUUCUCAAAUUCUUCUUUUUUUUUUUAUAUAUAUAUCAUUACUCAAUUUCCAAGGGUAUUAUUAGAGUCUAGCUAGUAAGAGGAAGCAAAACGAUCUUCUUCGUUUUUGUUUUUGGUUAUGAGUUUUGUUUCGACAUGUUUAUCUUGAUGUUCAUCACUAGGCUUUUGUUACCAUAUGCUGAAACUCGUAUUUGUAUAUAAACUUAUAUAUGAA